CAAAUGCUGACUCAGCAAUAAUCGUUUCCUGCACGCAGCGCCGAUCGAUGAUGAUGAGCAGCAACAACAGUGUCAGCGACAGUGGCGACGGCAGCGCCGAGCUCUUGCAGCUCGCUGUCCUUCCUGCAUGUCUCCUCGCAGCAGAGGUGGCUUAUGUCUGGUACUGCGCAACUGUGAGGCACGCAGAGCCCUCUGAGGACACCAAGGAGCAGUUGCACACCGCUCACCGCAAGCCCCAACCAUAUGAACUCACAAACCUCGGCUACGACUUUCACAUCAACACGCCCUACUCCUUUGGCAUCCGACCCACAUCGUCCAACAGCCCGCACCCAAACGGCUCGUUCUAUGGCGGCGUCGCCCUCCCAGACAUACACGUUUCCAUCACCCACGUUGAUUCUCAAGAGCCUGCGGAAGUGUACAAAGUGGACGUGCAUGAUGGAUCGUACAUUGUGUCGUUCAUGUCAGGGAUCACGGGUCUGCACGAGAUUGAGGCCAGAGUGAACGGCCAUCACAUUGAAGACUCGCCACGACUCAUCCUGCUCCAAUGA